GGGGCUGUGCGGGAGGCCCGGGCGGGGCCGUCGCCGCCCAGCGGCAGGUGCGGGGCCGCAGGAUGGCCCAGCGGGGCCGGGAGCCGCGGCCGCUGGCGGAGCGGGCGACGGAGCUGAGGAACAAGAUCGUGGACCGGUGCGAGCGGCUCCAGCUGCAGAGCGCUGCCAUCGCCCGGCACGUGGACGAGGUGCUGCCGGCCAAGGACCAGGGCGUCCUGAGCGCAGCCAGCGUGGCGCGGGAGCGGGUGAUCCAGAGGCUGAUCUUCGUGGGGAACGCGUGUGAGAACGAGGAGCAGCGGCUGCUGGAGAGGGUGCACGCCGAGGAGGAGCGGGCGCACCAGAGCAUCCUGACCCAGCGGCUGCACUGGAGCGAGGCCCUGCAGAAGCUGGCUGCCCUCCGAACCUACCUGGUGGACAUGAUCACCAGCCUGGAUGACCAGGGCCUGGUGCAUGCGGAACAAGAGAUCUUCGAGAGGACAGAGGUGGCGGAGGGAAUCUUAGAGCCACAGGAGUCCCUGAAGUUAAACUUUAACCAGACGUGUGUUCAGAGUCCACUGCUGCAUCGACUGUGGGCCUCUGCUGUUCUCUGCUGCACCACAGGCUCACAGGAGAUUCACAUCGAUGAGAAAACACUCAGCCCCCACCUCAGCCUGUCGGAGGACAAGAAAACGCUGACCUUCAGCCCCAAGAAAGCAAAGGUGGACUUGGACAGCCCUGAGCGGUUUGACCACUGGCCCAACGCUUUGGCUACUGCAGGUUUCCAGUCGGGAGUCUGUGCAUGGAGGAUCAGCGUGGACAAGAGCUGUGCCUACAAGCUGGGGGUUUGCUACAGCUCCCUGCCACGGAAGGGCUCUGCCAACGAAGCCCGCCUGGGCUUCAACGCUGCCUCCUGGGUCUUCUCGCGCUACGACAGGGAGUUCAGGUUCCUGCACGCCGGGCGCCUGCAGGCUGUGGAGCUGCUCAAGGCUCCGGCAGAGAUCGGGGUCCUGCUUGACUUGGCAGGAGGGGAGGUGUUCUUUUACGACCCCGAUUCCUGCACCAUCCUCUUCUCCCAUAGGGAGACCUUCACAGAGCCUCUGUACCCUGUCUUCGCUGUGGCACACGAGAGCAUCUCGCUUGUCCAGUGAGCGCAGCAUUGUGCUCACUGAGGGGGUGAAUACAAUUGUAUGUACAGUGACUGUAUAUGCACUAUACAGUACCUUUGUGGGGAAAAAGACCACACAGGACCUGCCUUCAGACUACAUGUUUUCUCCAUGUGUUUGACAGCAGCUUUUCCCUCCUCGGGGAGGAUCACCCACCCUGUCUGCCAGGGCAAGGGGUCAGGGUGAUGCCUGGCUCUUUGUUCUGUUAUUUAAUUCCUCUCUGACCAAAGGCAGCUCCCCGCCUGAUGGUGGGCUUCAUAAAGGAGAAAUAGGGAAUGUUUCCUGCUUGACUUGACAGCUCUGGACAUGUGUUUGGAGGAACAGAAGGGAGGAGGAACAUGGAAAGGGACAUCAGUGGGACCCAGCUGGUGACAUGCUUUGGGAGGAGCAGGGACAGGGCAGGGGGCUGUCACCUGUGCGGACCUAUGCCACGGCAGGGGCACCCCAAGGGGCUGUGGUCCAUGGAGGAGCCCAUGUCAGGGAGGAAGCAGCAAGGAGAGCACAAACCCCACCUGAGCUGCUCCUUACCUUGCCAACAGUUUGAGGGUUCAGUGUAAUGUGGCAAAACCCCAGGGAGCUGAUAUUAGGCCCGGAGGAAGGAGAGGUGCUGGGCUGAAGUUGAGCCAAGGGAGAAGGGUAGGAAAGGUGCUUCCCUGUAUGAAAUUUGACAUCUUUAUUACUCAGUGCCCAAAUUGGUACAGUUUAAUUGGCAGUACAUUAAAUGAAGUGAAA